AUGUCGCAUAAAUACGCUAGUGAUCAGCCUGCAGGCUUUAUCAACCACAUCCAGAAAGUUGCCAUCGUUGGGGCCGGUGGCAACAUUGGCAAACAUUUUGCUGAGGCGCUAAUCAAGACCGGCAAGCACACAGUCACGGCUUUGACACGCGCCGACAGUAAAAGCACUGUUCCCGAAGGUGUCAAGAUCGCUCAGAUCAACUACGACGAUGAGAAUUCUCUCGUUUCCGCUUUGAAGGGACAGCAAUUUCUCGUCAUAACCAUGGGUGUUCGGGCACCUGCUGAUACGCAGAUAAAUAUUGUUAAGGCUGCCGCGAAGGCGGGUGUUCCCUACAUCAUGCCCAACUUCUUCGGGUACGAUAUUACAAACGAGAAGCUUGCAAAGGAAUAUCUCUAUGGUGGCGCUAGCAAAAUCUGCGACGAUAUCAAAAGUCUGGGCGUUAGUUCUUACGUUGCCAUGUGCUGCGGCUUCUGGUACGAGUGGAGUUUAGCGUUGGGGCCGGCGCAUUUCGGUUUCGAUAUCAAAGAUAAGAAAGUCACAUUCUUCGACGAUGGAAAGACGGCUGUUAACAUCAGUAUGUGGAUAGCUUGUGGACGAGCUCUAGCCGGGCUUUUGAGCUUGAAGGAGAUACCGGAAGAUGCGAAUGACAAGUCUCCAACUGUGUCCCAGUGGAAGGACAAGCCGCUUUAUGUCUCGAGCUUUAGGGUUAGUCAGCGUGAUAUCCUGGACAGUGUUCAUCGAGUCAAGGGCACGACAGACGAGGACUGGGACAUUGUUUCCGAGUCAAGUAUUGAGAGAUACAAAAAGGGAAUCGAGGAUAUGAAGAAAGGCGAUCGAACGGGGUUUGCGAGGGCAAUGUACACUCGCGUUUUCUUCCAGAAUGGCGAUGGCGAUUAUGAAACUAGCAAAGGGUUACACAAUUCCUUGAUUGGCUUGCCAAAUGAUAGCUUGGAUGAGGCUACCAAACGAGCUCUCGCGAUGGUUGACAGCGGAUGGAAUCCUUUUGCGUAG